AUGACGGCGCGUCGCAAAUCCGGUGGCGCCGACCCCAAGUUCUACGAGGCCCCCAGCACCAUCGCCCAGUUCGAACGCAUCAAGGACGACCUCUCGCGCGAUCUCCACCAGAGCAGGCUGGGAUCAGACAUCACCAUCACCGCAAAGGACCUCGCCCAGUUCAUCCAUGCACUCCAACAAUUCCAGGAGGACGUCCUCGGGUCCAACAGCUCGCAAUACCUACCCACUGCACGACCUGCUCGCAUUCCCGCAAAGAUAUUCCGCACAGAUACUAUCACCACAGGAUCGCCUCUUUACAAGGCACUCAAGGCUGCCUAUGAAUACCGACUCGCUCAGGGUUGGCGCCGAUGGGAUCUCGGGAGCAUGGCAAGGAAGACACAGAAUGUAGAGUUGGUGGCACACAUUCGGAAUCACCUCGUCUCUGAGGGAGUUAUCAAGAACCCUGUUGUUACCUUUGACAGCUCUGUCCCUGAGGAUGAACGGGAGAAACUUGAGUUAUCCCUUGAGCGGCUAGGAGGAACUGCUACUAACGACAUCCGACACGCCACACACGUCGUCCAUCAUUCGUCGGAGGAGCUGGAGAGUCCCGAAGGAGAGGAAUGGUUGCGCACACUGGAGAAGAAGGAUGGCAAGGUCCUCGUCCACUACUGGUACUACCCCGAUUCAUACGAUGAGUGGCUGCUGGAGACCACCAGCGAGUUUAUGGAUCCCGAGCCAGUGCCUGAGCAUUCCGGAGCGUGGAGCAUUUCGACACGCUGGAUCAAGGACAGUGAUAAGUACAAUGAGUGGAUGAACGAGGAAGACUAUGAGCCAUCUUCCGAUCAAAACAGCGACCAGGAAUCAGCCGCUGGAUCACCUGCACCUUUUACACAGCGAUUUGGUGGCAAACGCGACAACUCUGAAAAGGAAGAGUCCCACCCCAAGAGAGUCAAGCGGAGCUCGUCGUUAACGCCCAUGGAUAUCCAGCCCGACCACCCAGGCCUUCAGGUCGUGUCGUUGGAGGACAACGCGCCUCGUGGACGAGGAUCAAAGAAGAACGAGUACGAGCCCAUCGUUGGAGGAGAACUGGCCAACAUCCCAGUUCAUCCGUCGGAUCAAUUGGUCGCACCGUCAACAGCAGAGUCCUCGGAGAAUAUUGCGAUUGAUGGCGGUGGAGGUGCAGAGCCGAUGGAGCUGGAUGCGAAGGACGAGGCAGGGUCGAGCAAGGACAUGGAUACACAAGAAACGGCGUCGCUGGAACAGGACACAGCCGUGCCAGAAUCAACCGAUGCUUCUACGCUUGCAGAGGAUGAAAGACUUCGGUUAGAGGAGGAGGCCAACCGCUAUCUCUCGCAACAAGCGCAAGAAGUCAUCAUCCCCUCAUACUCGGCUUGGUUCUCUCUCACCAAAAUUCACGAGAUCGAGCAAAAGUCGCUCCCAGAGUUCUUUACCUUGAAGAACAGGAACAAAUCGCCGUCUGUUUACAAGGAAUACCGCGACUUUAUGGUCAACACCUAUCGCCUCAACCCAUCCGAAUACCUCACCGUUACGGCUUGCAGACGGAACUUGGCAGGAGAUGUGUGUGCCAUCAUCAGAGUACAUGCUCUCUUAGAGCAAUGGGGUCUUAUUAACUACCAGGUUGACCCCGAUACCCGUCCUUCGACUGUCGGACCAUCAUUCGUUGGCCAUUUCCGGGUCACAGCCGAUACACCUAAGGGGCUCCAGCCCUUCCAACCCAGCACAUCCUCACCAUCAACAACAAAGCUAAACACCGACAUUACGACACCAGGCGCUACGAAAGUGGACAUUAACCUCGAACUCCGUCGAAACAUCUACACGCCUGGGCCAACGCCUGUGGCAUCAGAGAGCGAUGAGACGGCAGAGAAGAGGCAACAGUUUAGCUGCUUCACAUGUGGUAAUGACUGUACCAAGAACCGAUACCACAGCAUCCAGACUAGGAACUUUGAGCUUUGCUCUAACUGCUAUUUGGAAGGUCGUUUCCCGUCGACCAUGUCCUCUGGGGACUUUAUUCGGUUCCAGUCUCAGAGCUACAAGCAGUCUUCCGAUGAGCAAUGGACGGACCAGGAGACUUUGCUGCUGCUGGAGGGACUAGAGUUGUAUGACGAAGACUGGAACCUAGUCGCCGAACAUGUCGGUACCCGUGGCCGAGAGCAAUGCAUUCUGCACUUUUUGCAGCUCCCCAUCGAAGAUCCCUAUCUUGGAGGAAACACGGAGCGCGACCUUGGAUCCCUUCAGCAUAACAGAGUGCCGUUCAGUGAAUCUGAGAACCCGGUCAUGAGCGUCGUUGCUUUCUUGGCGAGCGUUGUCAACCCUGGUGUGGCCGCUGCUGCUGCCCAGAGCGCAUUGAAGGAACUUGCGUUGGCGACCAGGAGUGCACGGACAGAGGCAGAGAAGACAGAGGAAGCCGGUAAGCGUCAGAGCAAGACCACGGAUGAAAAAGGCGAGUCAAGCGAAGCGAUGGAUAUGGAUGCAGACAUGGUCAAAGCCGCGGGCGUCAAGGAGGAAGGUGCAGUGACUGGAGGCGAUAUUGCAGGUAUCCCUCGGUCGACUCUCGAAAAGGCGGCGGCGGCGGCCCUGGGGUCAGCUGCAGUCAAGGCCAAAUCUCUUGCCGAUUACGAGGAGCGUGAGAUUCAGCGGUUGGUCACAGUUGUAGUUGAGAUGCAGCUCAAGAAAUUGGAACUCAAGCUGCAGCAGUUCGAGGAGCUGGAAAACGUCCUCGAUAUGGAGAAGGGCGAGCUCGAGCGCCAACGGCAGCAACUGUACUUGGACCGACUGGCGAUGAAGAAGAGUAUCAUGUCGAUGCAGGAAAAGAUGAUCCUGGCACGGCAGACUGGCAACCCACAGGUGUUUGCAAGCGUAACAGUUCCUCCUGGCGGUGUAGGGGGCACAGGGAUGUCUUUCCAAAGCGACAGCAGCAGCACGGCCCUUCCAACAUCAACAUCAGCAACAUCAACGAUAGCGUCAACACCUACACCACAACAAGGAGAAGGGGUCGGACCACUGAGUCGCGACAAGGUUGCCGAAGGAGUUGUCAUGUUGCCCCUUCCAUAA